CAGAAAGUUGUGAAAGAUGUGUGAAACUCCUGUCAAAACUUGCAAUAAAACCUUGUAAAAUGUCUUCAAGAAGACGUGGAAAAGGAAAGAGAAACCAUGAAGGCGACAAAAAUGGCUGGGGGCAAUUCGGUGGUUACAUGAAUGCCAAGAUCCAGAAGUUACAAGAUCAGUUCUCUGGGAGGCGCGAGCGGGAACAAGAGAAGGAUGGGACGUCAUCAACGAUAUUCAAUGGAGUCGCAAUCUUUGUCAAUGGAUACACGGAUCCAAAUGUUGACGAACUGAAGCGUUUGAUGAUGGUCCACGGUGGAGUGUUCAGGAAUUACUACAGUCGUACGAGCGUGACUCACAUCAUUGCGAGUAACCUUCCCGAUAGUAAGAUCAAGGACUUGAAGGACAAGAAGGUGGUCAAGCCUCAAUGGAUCACAGACAGUAUCAAAGCAGAAAAGCUCCUCCCAUACCAAAGUUACGUUCUGUACUCCGGUCAUUCGACUAAACAAAGGGGACUGAACUUCACGUUUUCUGACAACGGAGAUCACACAUCCACAAACUCGUCUGGUAUCUCAACCAGGAGUCGGUCGAGUGUGAGUCGGGAGUCGAGUGUUGCCUCAGCAAGACUUUCUGCCGUCUCGACACAGAGCAGCAGGCUACGGCUAAAUAAGAAUGAUAAGGUAGAGAUGGAAACAGGAGCUAUGCAGCCUUGGGUUAAUUCACCAAAGGUUUCUGGGCAGAGUACGGGGAGGCUUAGUCUAAAACGCAAUAGUGACAAUAAGAAGUAUUACGGUUCUGAGGUUGCUUCUGAUACAAAGGAAUCAGACUCUUCAUCAAGACCAGAUCGUAUCCCCACUGAUGGAGAGCACUCUGGUGACGAGGACAAACCUGUGACGCGUUCGGAUAGAUUAACAUCUGAUAAGUUUGUGAUCGGUGCUGAAAGUGAUGGAAAAGACAAAGGUGAUGUUGAGGUAGCAAUGGAUGAAACUGUAGAUUCAACAGUGGAAGGGAUUCACUUGGAUGUGAGGUGCCACGGACGGCUGGAAAAACCUAAUAAUGCUGUAAACAUGAACAUUGAUAUUCAUCAGAAUGAACAAACUUCUAACCCUGGAUGUUUUCAGUCUGUGCAAGCUUCUAAUACAAGAAGUGUUGAACCUAACUCUGCUCGGAUUCGAAACAGAGAUGCAAGUGUUUCUGAGGAAAAUGUCACACAUCAGUUCCCACCAAGUGAUAAAGCUACAACCCACAGGAAUCUACCAAUGUCUGAAUCUUCAAACACUGCCACGGCUAAUCAGUCAUCAGUGUCUUCAAGAACUGAGAUGUCCACCAAGAAAAGUCUGACCAGCGCCACGGUGAAAUCCCACAACUCAUCCUAUGGUUCAAGGUCGGCAAAAGAUCCUAAUUUCCUCACAGAAUUUUAUGCCAAUUCUCGGUUACAUUAUCUGUCCACGUGGGGCGCCGAGUGUCGUCAGUACGUUAAUAAGUUGCAGAGUGAAGGAUUGGGACUGUUUCCUGGGCGUGAGAACCUGAAGAGAUUCGUGGAGGAGAAGAGGCCGUCUCGUGUGGUGGAUCCGGAUGAGCUCAACGAUGGUCCUCGAUGUUGGACAGUUCCACGGACGAUAAUGCACAUUGAUAUGGAUUGUUUCUUUGUGUCUGUUGGCUUACAGAAGAGACCAGAGUUGAAGGGUAAGGCAGUAGCAGUGACUCAUUCCAAGGGGAAAGGAGAGCUGAGCGGCAAGACGAGGAAAGUGGACAUGGAAAAGGAACGUGAUCUCUGGAUGAAAAAAAAAUUUGAACGACGGAAAAAAGGUACUCAGUCCUCAGUAACUCUAAACAACAGUGAUGCGGAUGAUGACUUUGAUGAUGAAGAAAGUGGUGACAUUGAGGCUGAAUCGGCCGCCGACAUCUCAGACAAAAUGAUGUCGUCCAAGGAGGUUGCAACGGCUGGGAACGAGGUCUAUUCGAUGGCUGAGAUUGCCUCGUGUAGCUAUGAAGCGAGAAAGGCUGGUGUCCGCAAUGGAAUGUUCGUCGGCAAUGCUCUCAAACUUUGCCCCGACCUGGUGACCAUCCCAUAUGACUUUGAGGCCUACAAAGCUACCUCACAGCACCUAUACAAUACUAUUGCUAGCUACACCCACGACAUCGAAGCUGUCAGCUGCGACGAGCUGUUCGUCGACUGCACCGAGUUACUCUCGACCACUGGCGCCACUCCUCUGGAAUUUGCUGCGUUCGUUCGCGAUGAGAUUGAAGAGAAGACGGGAUGUACGGCGUCUGCUGGUUUAGGUUCUAACAUCUUGUUAACGCGGUUGGCCACCAGGGUUGCUAAACCCAAUGGGCAGUACCACCUACAGGCCGGCGAGGAACAGAUAUUCAUCGCAAAACAGAUCGUCAGAGAUUUACCAGGAGUUGGCUGGUCCACAUCUCAACGACUUGAAGCCAUGAAAGUGAAGACCUGUGCUGAUCUCCAGGCUCUCUCCAUGAGCGCCCUCCAACAGGAGUUUGGGCCCAAGACUGGUGCCUCCCUCUAUAAGUACUGCCGAGGACAGGAUGAUCGUCCAAUCAAAAUGGAGAAGGAGCGAAAGUCGGUGUCUGCGGAAGUGAAUUAUGGGAUACGUUUCAAGGAGAACAAGGAUAUGUCAACGUUCAUUGAUGGCCUCUCCAAGGAAGUGGAGAAGCGCCUCGAUGCCAUCUGUGUCAAAGGUCGCACGAUUACACUCAAGCUGAAAGUCCGCAGUAAGGGGGCGCCAGUGGAGACAUCAAAGUUCAUGGGUCACGGUGUUGUUGACAACUUCAGCAAGUCAGUAACACUCCCGGUGGCCACCAAUAAUCCUAACAUCAUUGCCGCUGAGUGUAUGAGCUUGUUCCGGGCUCUCAAGGCUCCGGUCACAGAUCUCAGGGGGAUUGGAAUCCAAGUGCAGCGUCUUGAACCGAUCAGCAAGAAAAGUGAGAAGCAGGCAAGACAGAAUAUAUUGAACUUCUUGGCUCCGAAGUCAAAAACGACAUCGCCCAGCGCUGCAUCCAAUUCAUCCUUCACAGCUCCGUCAUCAUCAACGUCAAAACUGGUGCCGUCUGCAUCUGAUGAGGUUAAAACAAACACUGUUCCAUCAGACUCUCAUAUUGGAGGUGCAGCAGAUAAUGUUGAGGCAGAGCGGAAUAGGAAAGAACUGGCUGUGUCUAGUUUGCCACCACUGCCCUCGAUGUCACCUGUCAUGCAGGGACCGUCACGUUCCAGCCUGGCGACUCCAGAGAGGUCAUUGAGUGCAUCACCAACGUGCUACUUCCCUUCACCAUCUCAGAUUGACCCUGCCGUGUUGAGAGAGCUUCCCCCAGACAUCCAGGCUCAGAUCACGUCUGAAAUGAAAGCUUACAAGAGGAAGAAGGAGAGCACGAAGCAGACGGCAGGUGGCUCACAGGAAGCUGGUUGUUCCCACUGGGAGUCUGACCCAACAGUGCCAAUGGAUGAUGAGCCAGCAUCCAGAGAAAUCUCAAGUAGUCCGAUCGUGGAGCUGCCAUCCUUUUCUCAGGUGGAUCAGAGUUGUUUCAAUGCCCUCCCUGGUGACAUCCAGGCAGAACUCGUGGGGGCAUACGCUGCUGAGAAAAACAAAGCUACUCAUGUUGUCACGAGACAAAAGCAGGACUCGAUCGUACAGGAUAUAAACAAAACCAGACCUGUCCAGCUGGUGUGGAAACACGGAGCAGAGAAGUCACCAUCAAAAUCACCCAAGAAGAAAUCGCCACAAAAGAAGAGCCCCUCCCCCAAGAAAGGAAGUCCUAAGUUCAAGGUGCCACGAGGUCGAGCUGUGUCAAAGAGACAGGCCAAGAGGUUGGAUUUCACAGAGAACGACAGCGAGGACCAAGAUGUUGCUGAGAUUAGGCCCACCCCUAUUGAUAAAAACAAAGAGGUCGUUAAAGAAGAGGUGAACUUGUGUGGUGCUGUCCGUCUGUCUGAGGUCAAGGUCAUAGUGAAAGAGUGGAUCCAAUCGUGUGAAGAUCCAGAAUUUGAGGACAUUGAGAGAUUCAAUCACUAUUUGCAAAACCUUGCCAAGGAUAAGAAUCUGGAACGCGUUGACUUGCUGCUCAAGUUUCUGAAACGGACUCUUGGCAAGGUGAGCUCCCCUGGAUGGACUCGAGCCUUACAUGACAUCCACAAUGACAUCCAAGUUUGUGUCAAGGACAUCUAUGGGUGUGAACUUAGGAUUGAAUUGUAACAAACUCAGGAUUGAAUCGUAACGACAUUAAGGAUCUGAUGAUGAAUUUCUUGUGAACUUCCAUGUAGGAUCACUCCUGCAUGGAGGAAAAGUUGGUGCCGAUUGAUCACUAUGAUACUGAUGUCUUCCUGCAUGCCAACUUCAGUAACAGUUGCCCGUAUUUGAACAGUGAUGGCGUGUCUGCACAAUACUUCUCUCCUGGUGGCCCAUAUACAGCUUCUGUGAGUAGCACUGUCUGCAACAAUGUUGUCAUAACUCAAAUUGACUACCUUUUCUAUCUAAAAUGGAAAUCUAUUUGUACCUUUUUUUAUUGUUUAUACAUGUAAUAUGCAAUAGUUUAUGUCAACAAAAGGAGAAUAUGAUGAUGAGAGAGAUGAGACGGUCACAGCCAGGCCGAAUCAGUCCUGGCUGCUCCACCGUGUUGCCAACAUGGUGAGAGAGAUGAGACAGUCACAGCCAGGCCGAACCAGACCUUGCUGCUCCACCGUGUUGUCAACAUGAUGAGAGAGAUGAGACAGUCACAGCCAGGCCGAAUCAGUCCUGGCUGCUCUACCAUGUUGUAACACUGUCUCACCAACACUGUGAGAGAGAUGAGACAGUCAAAACCAGACUGUUAUAAACUCAAAAGGUCAUAAAUUUGUUGAUAAAAAUAUUU